AUGAUAGCGAAAAUUAUACGUAAUCAUAAUUGGAAAGUAGCUGGUGGGAUUAAAGGUGGUAUUAGACAUCAAAGUACUGCUGCAGUUACUCCAACCCCGCCAUUCCGUACGCAUGUAGCUGCCAACACACCCACAACCCAGACGUUCUACGAUAAGGACAGUUCGACAUGGACGUACGUGCUGCACUGUCCUAGAACACUGCAAGCCGCGGUGAUAGACCCAGUGCUCGAUUAUGACAGCAAUAGUGGGCAUGUGAGUACGCAGAGUGCCGAUGGACUACUAGCGCACAUAUCCACGAGCAAAUUAGAAGUACGCCAUAUUUUGGAGACACAUGCACAUGCAGACCACCUCACUGCAGCGCGUUACCUGAGGCACCACCUCCACGCACCCGUUAGCAUUGGGAAGCGGAUAGUGGACGUGCAGCGCACUUUCGGACCAAGAUACAACCUUUCUCUCGAUUCUCUGCAAGGUAGCUUCGAUGGACUGCUUGAUGAUGGAGAGACCAUCUCGCUGGGUGAUUGCUCAGGCAACGUCAUCCAUCUUCCGGGUCAUACGCCUGACCAUGUUGGUUAUAUGUUCGGAGGACACGUCUUCACCGGCGACUCCAUAUUUUUGGCCCCCACUCACACCGCUAGAGCGGAUUUUCCAGGCGGUGUAGCGUCCCAGCUGAAGUCUUCCAUCGAUAGGCUGAUGGGUCUGGCUGGUGACACCAAGCUUUUCGUCGGUCAUGAUUAUCCAGGUGAUGGUAAGCAGGUGAGCUGCUCAACUACCGUCGCAGAUCAGCUGCUUCUCAAUGAUCAUAUCAAGAUGGACCACUUUGCUCAAUUCAGAAUGGAGAAAGAUAGUUCUCUCAACACACCAAAACUCCUUCAUCCUGCUAUUCAGUUCAAUAUUCGAGGUGGUCGCUUGCCCCCCGCUGACGAGGAUGGCGUUAGUCGAAUGCGCAUUCCAAUCACAACAAAAUCCGCGUAUCAUGCAGGCACAAUAAGUUAA